UGCGGGUCUCUGGGCGGGGGUCUGUAGCUGCAGGCUCCGAGUCUGCAGCUUCAUACUACUCGAGCUCAGUGUGGGCACCCUUUUUUACAGUCUAUGGUGGGCACUGACAGCAUGGCAGGAGAAAGCGAGAGCAAGUUGGACAAUCAAGCCGAGAAUGAUGUUCUCAGGCAACCGUUCCUCAUCGGGGUAGCCGGCGGCACUGCCAGCGGCAAGUCAUCAGUUUGUGAGAAGAUCAUGGAGCUGCUUGGCCAAAAUAAGAUCGACCAUCAUCAGAGGCAGGUGGUCAUCCUUAGUCAGGACAGUUUCUACAGGGUACUAACCUCUGAACAGAAGUCCAAGGCUCUUAAAGGACAAUUCAACUUUGACCACCCAGAUGCCUUUGAUAAUGAGCUGAUAGUCAAGACCCUGUGCGAUAUCAUGGAGGGAAAAACUGUCCAAAUUCCAGUCUAUGAUUUUGUUACCCAUUCAAGAAAGGAGGAGACGGUGACGGUAUAUCCAGCAGAUGUGGUUUUAUUUGAAGGAAUCCUUAUGUUUAACUCGCAAGAAAUCCGAGAUCUGUUUCAGAUGAAGCUGUUUGUGGACACGGAUGCGGAUACGCGGCUGUCACGCAGAGUCCUGAGAGACAUCAGUGAGAGAGGUCGUGACCUUGAACAAGUGCUGAGCCAAUACAUAACAUUUGUCAAGCCUGCCUUUGAAGAGUUUUGUCUGCCAACGAAAAAGUAUGCUGAUGUGAUCAUUCCAAGGGGAGCUGAUAAUCUGGUCGCCAUAAAUUUGAUAGUGCAGCACAUUCAGGAUAUUCUGAAUGGUGGCCUAACCAAACGCUUGAACGGUUGCCUCAAUGGUAACAGCACGCCUCGUAAACGGCAUCCCUCAGAGUCUAGCAGCAGGCCGCACUGACCGGACCUCUUGCAGGAAGUUGUACAAAGAAUGUAGAAGGAUGCAAAGGGAGCGGAUGGACGAAUCGAACGAUUGGUCGUAAAAUGUGUUAAUUUGCCAACACUGUAUUUAAGACAAAGAAUUUCAAAGAUUGCCUUUUUUCAUACUGCUUCCUAAUUUUUGGCUACGCUUGUUGUUUAAGGAGUUCUGGGAUAGUUAAAGGUCAAAAUGCAUUUUCUUCAAUAUUUAUUUCAGUAUUUUUAUUAUUAUUAUUUUUUUUUUUUGAGAAUUAAUUGUUGAAUAAAUGGGGAGAGGGAGGGUAUAAAUAUUUGAAAAAUAUAUGACUUAAAAAUAAAGCAAUUGAGUUUCACUUAUAUUAUUUUUUAAUAUUAUUGUUAAUGUUAUUUUAUCUCUCUUACCGCUUUUUUUGCAGCUUACGUUUUAUCAGCAACCUUUCAUUUUGUCAUCAAUAGUUUUCAGAUGCCAAAGACAAUGGUGUUUUGAAACCCUUUCUGUUUUCUCUCUUACUUGACAGUCAUGUUGUUACCAAGUGUUUUUUAUUUUAUUUUUUUAUACAAUGUCGCUUUGAAAUCAGUGUUUUUGUCAGAACGAUAGCUGUUAAUUCCUCCAUUUCACUUAAACAAUUUAGACAAUGUUGCUAAUUCACAACAGGCCUCUCAGGGUAUAUUUAUUAUAACAGGACUUAACAGGAAAGAGACAAGACGGUAUUUGUUAAUUUAACUGGACCUAUUGGCUCAAAUAGUGUUAUAUUGACUGAAUUUACACCUAAAAGUUAAUUUGGUGAUGAGUUAAAACCAUUCAUAGAUCUUGCUAACUAUUGAAUUACAGAAGUACUGUUGAGUGGCACGGAGGACAGCCCAACUCAAUUCUGGCUUCCUGUAAAAAUAAGUGCCAGUCACUGGUUAGGUGUUGACAUGUAGUUAAAAAAACAAAGCAUAGUGGAUAAUUGAGCAGAUUUGCAUUGGAGUGUUGAUAUAAACCAUGAGUUAGUUAUCAAGGGAAUUAUGUUCAUAUACUAUGCACUGUACCCUUAACUUUAAUGCAAUUUUACAUUCAGUUUACGACACUCAUGUAUUAGAUUUCUUAAGGGGCAUCUGACAAAAAGGCAGUUGGGUGUUUAGGCUACUUGAAAAAUUUUUUUUUUAAACUUUCUAAUUUAUUAGUCUAAUGUUUUUCAUGCGUUGUGACUUUAUGGAUGCCCAUGCAGGUUACCCACUAAAUAUACACCAAGAUGCCAUUGAUUAUUUGACAAUUGAUUAAUUUAGUAUUCUUCAACUUUUCCUAUUUCAGGUGCUUUGAUAAACAUACACAGUGCUAAUUUUGCUUUGUAGCUCAAUAUUUUGUUACCGUUUUUUACCUGUAUUGUGAAGGUACAGAUAAAUCAUUUUAUUCCACUCUGCUAAAAUCAUUCAGGGAUUUGGGUUGUAAAAUACCCAACAAUCGACCCAGGGUUUUCAUCCAAACAAGAAACCUGACCUUGACUGUACAUUGAUUCCAUAUCGCUUACCUUUGAUCUAGAAAUCUUUAUCAUUGUGUAACACACACACACAUACGGUUAAUCAUUUGUAUAAUACUUCUGUUACUAAAUUUAAAUGUUUUGUACUUCUUGCUUUCUUCUGCAUUGCUGCUAUGAUACAUGGUGACUCACUGCUAUCCAAUGUAAAAAAAAUAUAAUUCGAUGUUAAUAUCUUUUUAUUUAGCCCAUGUUUUGCUUUGAUAUGUGAGAAACCUCAUUGAAAUAUGAGAUUAUUGUAUUUAAUCAUAAAUAAUUCACAGUCUUUUUUGUGACUUGUGAAAGAAAAUGUUACCCCUCUUUGGCCACAGCCAUAUAAAUCAGUAUUUUCUAAUGUUUAAAACCAUUACAGCAGAUUUGGUGCCAUUGUAAGCUUUUGUAUAUUGAAAAUAUAAACUUUAUUAUCAUGCUGAA